AUGUCCGUCGGCUCCCUAGAGGAUGACGUUUCGGACACGCUAGUGUCAACGACGACAUCGCAAAGAAGCUUCAAGACCAACCCGAAAAACACCAUUCACCACCAGAUUAGACAACUUCAAAGAUUCAGCGACUUCCGCACCAUUGACUGGGUCGAAGAUGAGCUAGACGAGCAAAAGCAGCGGCUCCUCAAGAUCAAGCAGAUUCAGAGUAGAAGCACCAACUUCAAGGACAAGGUGCUAUCGCAGAUUCUCAAUUGGCUCAUUCUCGCUACAAUGGGGAUCAUUAUCGGCUGUAUUGCGGGCUCGUUGAAUAUCAUCACGUCGUUCCUAGCUAGUAUCAAGAAGGGCCACUGUCGAGGAGCUUUCUAUUUGAACGAGCUGUUUUGUUGCUGGGGCGAAAGUGGCGAAGGUGUGUGUUCAAGAUGGAUCAAGUGGUCCCAGGUUGAGGUGUUGAACUAUGCCAUGUUUAUCGCGUUGAGCGUAGUUAUGAGCUACGUGGCCGCGAAAUUGGUGAAAUCCUAUUCUCCCUCUGCUGCGGGCUCGGGAAUUUCAGAGAUCAAGUGCAUUAUCUCGGGGUUUGUCGUGGAAGGGUUUCUUGGUUGGUGGACGUUAUUGAUCAAGUGCUUGGGGUUACCCUUGGCCAUUGGCUCGGGCUUGAGUUUGGGGAAAGAGGGCCCCAGUGUCCACUAUGCGGUAUGUGUCGGUAACUGCGUGGCGAAAUUGGUUACAAAGUAUAGGAAGUCUGCUUCGAAAGGUCGCGAGUUUUUGACUGCAACUGCUGCCGCUGGUGUUGCUGUCGCGUUUGGGUCUCCCAUGGGCGGAGUGUUGUUUGCCACAGAGGAGAUGUCCUCCGUUUUCCACUUGUCCACAUUGUGGAAAUCGUACUUUUGCUCGUUGGUUGCCGUGACCACUUUGGCUGCUAUCAACCCGUUCAGAACGGGCCAGUUGGUGCUUUUUGAAGUCACCUACGACACAAACUGGCACUAUUUUGAGAUACCAGUCUACAUUCUCUUGGGUGUGUUUGGAGGAGUCUACGGCAUAAUUGUGUCAAAGUACAACAUCCAAGUCGUGGCAUUCAGGAAGAAAUACCUUGGCAACUGGGCGAUACGAGAAGUGUUCAUCUUGACGUUAUUCACGGCCUGUUUCUCCUAUUUCAACCAGUUUUUGCAAGUGGACAUGACCGAGAGCAUGCAGAUAUUGUUUCGCGAAUGCGACUCUGGGUUCCACCACCCGCUAUGCGAUCCAGACCAACGCAAGGCGGGCUUGUUCGUGUCGCUCCUCUUUGCCACAGUCGCGAGAAUGUUUCUCACUAUCAUCACAUACGGGUGCAAAGUGCCCGCGGGGAUCUUUGUGCCCUCGAUGGCCGCGGGUGCCACUUUCGGGAGGGCAAUCGGUAUUUUGGUAGACUACAUCUACCGCCACCACCCUGACUCCUUCUUGUUCUCGGCAUGCUCCGAAAACAAUGAUAAAUGCGUUAUACCAGGCACAUACGCGUUCCUAGGCGCAGCAGCUGGGUUGUGCGGGAUCACGGACUUGACUGUCACGGUGGUGAUCAUCAUGUUUGAGUUGACAGGUGCCGUGCGCUACAUCAUCCCCACGAUGAUUGUGGUUGCUAUCACAAAGAGCAUAAAUGACAAAUGGGGCAACGGAGGCAUCGCGGACCAGAUGAUCCAGUUCAAUGGCUUGCCCCUUAUUGAUGCCAAGGAGGACUUUUCCUUUGGCACCACCGUUGUGUCAGCCAUGUCCACGGCGAUGGUGGCGUUUUCAAGCGACGCUACUGACUCGUUGACGAUGGGGCAGCUUCGCAAAACCAUGGCAACUACAAAGUUCCGCGGGUUCCCUAUAGUGCACUCGGGAAGCAACCCGAAAGUCUACGGGUACAUAUCGAGGUACGCGAUCGAAUACGUCCUCAAGCGGAACGAAGAGAUCAACGAUGUCGUUGUUUGCAAUUUCAGCCAGCAGGACAGUGGGUCGUUGGACAGGGUGGACUUCAGCAAUUUGGUCAACCGGUCGCCCUUGACUGUGAAGUCAGAUGCUACGUUGGAGUUUGUGCUUGAUAUAUUUGUCAAGCUUGGUCCGCGGUACAUUCUAAUUGAGCAGGAUAGUGUUUUAAUUGGGAUAAUCACGAGAAAAGACGUGUUACGGUACGAGUAUUCGUCGCAUGCUCAUGAGACCCCGGAGGUGGAGGUUUACGAAGAACGCAAUGAGAAAAUCUGGGAGUUUAUGAACUUGAUUACACUUUCGAUGAGAAAGAACUUGGGCAAACUUUUACAUAAUGACCCUUCGAGGUAUGUACAACUGACUUAA